GGAGGGCGCUGUGCUGUGCUGUGCUCUGGCUGGUGCUGGUGGCUGGUGCCGUGCCCCGGCCCGGGCUGCCUGUCUGGCAGUGUGGAAGUGCCACUCGCCUCCUCGCCGCCGGACUCGAGUAUUGUGGGACAUGGUGACUGUCCGGGGUCGGCCGACAGCCCAACUGCCGCACCUCACCGCCCUGGUGCUGGUGCUGGGUUUUAACAUUGCUUUAGGAGGUUUGAAGAAAAAUGGUAUAUCUUCACAGAUUUCAGAGGAGAGUAAUGAACAGAGGAAGAUGACUGUAGAACCAAAUGACAUCGUUUUCAUUAUUCAGAGUCAAAAGCAGUCAUUCCAUGCAAAACAAGCAACGAAGCUUAAACAAGACAUUUUGUUGCAGGCUGAGGCUAUCAGUCAGCAUUUACCUACUGUGCUGCUUAUUCAUGAGUUGAGCAAACAUGAAGGAGCCUGGACAAUCAUUCCUAUACUACAACACCUUUCUACCACUUAUAGCAAGAAAUCCUGGUUUUUCUUCUGUGAAGAACAAACAAGAAUACGAGUACCAAAGCUAUUGGAUGUGCUUGGCAGAUAUGACAAGAACAAGGAGUGGUUCUUGGGCAAGGGACUGUGUGAUGAGCAGUCGACAAUCAUUCACCAUUAUGCCUUUGCUGAGGAUCCUGCAGCAUUUAAGUAUCCAGAUUUUGCUGCCGGCUGGGCUCUGAAUACUGCGCUUGUCAACAGACUUGCAAAACAAGUGAAGAAUGAAAAGCCUUUUGCUGAUUUUACCAUAGAUUUGAAACAUGAGAUUGCACUUUUUAUAAUGGACAAAGCUGGAGGCCCUCAAAUGACUCCAGUAGUGGAAUUCUGCACAGAAGAUAAAACUUCAUCUGAAGCAGCGAAGUGUGCAACUACAUUUCAAACAUACCUUCCUUUCUGUGGAACACCAGUGGAGAAGAAAGAUGUAUUUUUUGCUGUAAAAACGUGCAAGAGAUUCCAUCAGGAAAGAAUACCUAUUGUAAAGAAGACUUGGGAAAAACAAGCAGCCAUAAUUGAAUACUACAGCGAUCACGCUGAUAGCUCCAUUCCAACUGUGUACUUGGGUAUACCUAACACUGAAAGAGGACAUUGUGGCAAAACAUUUGCUAUUUUACAAAGAUUCCUUAGUUCUGCUGUUCCUGAGGCACCCUGGCUCGUGAUUGUGGAUGACGACACAUUGAUAAGUAUUCCAAGACUCCGAACUUUAUUGAGUUGCUACAAUCCAAAGGAAGCAGUUUUCCUUGGCGAGCGAUAUGGCUAUGGAUUGGGCACUGGUGGAUACAGCUACAUUACAGGAGGCGGAGGAAUUGUUUUCAGCAGAGAAGCUGUAAAGCAAUUACUUACCAGCGGAUGCCAUUGUUACAGUAAUGAUGCACCUGAUGAUAUGGUUCUAGGAAUGUGUUUCAACAGCCUUGGUAUCCCAGUGACACACAGCCCUCUAUUCCACCAGGCACGGCCAGUAGAUUACCCAAAGGAUUACCUUGCACACCAGAUUCCUAUUUCAUUCCACAAACACUGGAAUAUUGAUCCAGUUGAAGUCUACUCCAGUUGGCUGGGAAAUGAGGAUGAUCUGAUAUCUGACCAAAUGAAUUGGAAACAAACCCAGAGCAGGGAAGAUUUAUAAAGUUCUAAAUGCCUUAUUGAUUUGUGCAUUAAUAUAUCAAUUAUUGUCUUAGUGGCUUUGACAAAGACUGAACACAGAUGGUAUUGUGUCUGCAAAUCUCCAUUCUAAAGGAGAUUUUGAUGAUUUUGCAUAAUACUUUUUUAUAUUUCUAAGUAAAAUGCUGAAUAGUAUUUCUAAUUAUCUUGGACAGUAUUUGACUGUAUUUGAUACUGUAAAGAAAACGAUUUAUGCAGGGUAUGGAGUUUUCUGUUUGAUGUUGAAAGGAUUUGUAUAAUUUUUAAAAAAAAUAAAAGCCUAUCUUUAU